AUGGAAAAUUCAUUUAUUCAAUUGAAUGAUUUACCUGAUGAAAUUCUUUUGAUUAUUUUGAAAAAAUUGCCCAAUACUGAUGUACUCUAUUCUUUACUAGGUGUUAAUAAACGACUUGAUACUAUUGUACAAGAUUCAAUUUUUACAAGAUUUUUAACAUUUAUGGCACCUUCUCAUGAUUUAGAUCGUAUUACUGAACCCAUACUUAGUCGAUUUUAUUUUGAAAUUUUACCUAAAAUUUGUCAUAAAAUUUUAUGGCUCAAUCUUGAAUCAGUAUCUAUGGAUCGUAUUCUUCUUGUAACAACGUAUCCUAAUUUAUAUGGAUUGGCUUUACAUAAACUUACAUCAGAAAGAGCGAGAGAUCUCUUUACUGAUGGAAGUUAUUUAAUUCGUAUUUUCAAAUUUCAAUUAUUAUCACUUGCUAUUCAUAUUAGCAAAUGUAAAGAACGAACAAGUUCAAUUAAAGAUAUAAAUAUAUUUAUAUUUACACAAAUCUUAACAAAGUUCAAAUAUUUACAAUCUUUAAAUUUCAGUCCAUUUGAUGAUUCUGAUUAUCAUCGAUUAACAUUUGAUGAUUUUGAUUAUCAUCGAUUAACAUUUGGUAUAUCACCUCCAAAUAUAUUAUCUUCAACUUUAUUAGAAUUGAGUGUCGUCGUAGACUCUUAUCAAGAUUGUUUAUAUUUACUUGAUGGUCGUUUUAAUCAACUUAAUAAAUUCUAUGUUACUAUUUGUUCGUCAAAUAUUCCUACAUUACCUGUGAUCAAUAAUAAAAAAAAACUUCCAAAAUUAAAAUGUUUUGUGUUAAAUCAUGAAUCGAUAUUAUUAGUCUACAAUAAUAUUCUUAUUCCACUUUUACAUCGAAUGUUAAAUUUAGAAGAACUCAGUUUGUAUUUUGUUUGUUGUAAUGUAGGAAUUAUUGAUGGUACUAAUUUGAAAGAAAAUAUUUUCAAUUAUAUGACAAAAUUAAAAAAAUUUAAAUUUAAUAUUCGUUCAAUUAUUCCUUUUAAUAAUCAAGUUAAUUUACCAUCAAAUGAAAAUAUUAAAAAUACAUUUAAAAAUUUUAAAAAUUAUAAAAUUAUUUCAUAUAUUGAUUAUUUUCCAAAAGCAAAUGAAUUUCAUUUUCGUAUUUAUUCAUAUCCAUAUCCGUCAUUGUAUUAUUAUAAUAUAACGAACAAUUUUCAUCGUGGAUUAUUUAAUUCUGUUAGUGAUAUAUCAUUAUAUGAUGAACGUCCUUUUGAACAUGAAUUUUUUCUUCAAAUUGCUAAAUCAUUUCCAUGUAUUAGAAAAUUACGUAUACAUAAUUGGGAACCACAAAAGAAUGAUAAACAACAAUGCUCAAUUAUAGAAUAUCCUUAUCUUAGAGAACUUUAUCUUGUUCGAAUUCAUGAAAAUUAUUUGGAACAAUUUUUGAAUAAUACUAAAAUGCAUUUAUUAAAUAAUAUUGAUCUUCAUGUUGAUUAUGAUUCCUUACAAACCGUAACGGGUAAUUUUACAAGUGAUACUAGACGAAUAAAUUGUGGCAAAAUCGAAUGUCUAAUUUUAUACCAUCGACCAGAUAUAUCUCUAGAUUUAAUAGAAGACUAUUUUCCUCAUGCAGCAGUAUAUUGA